AUGAUUCUGUCGAGAUCAAAACCAACGAAUGCAGCUGCAUCAAAGAACGAGGCCAUUCUGCGUAAUAACAAUGCCGACAAGAAAAUACCACGUCUGGACUCGCUAAUCGCUAGUAGAGACUACACCGGCGCCCUUACUCUCCUCGAAUUUCAACGAGCAUCGGGAAAGACUGACGAGGAUACUCUACUAUGGAUUGGUUACUCGGCAUUCCAUCUUGGAGAUCAUACGAAAGCAUCGGAGAUUUACCUGGAGCUGACAAAGGACAAGGCAUGCGAUCCUACCAUACACUUACUACUGGCUUGUUGCUACUUUUUCAUGGGAAUGCACAAGGAGGCCGACGAAGAAUCAAGGAAGGGUCCUGUCUGUAAAUUACAAAACAGGCUGCUAUUCCACCUUUCUCAUAAAUUCAACGACGAGAAACGCUUAAUGGGACAUCACCAAAACCUGGAGGAUGUCAUUGAAGACCAACUAUGUUUGGCAUCCAUUCACUAUCUUCGAAGCCAUUAUCAAGAGGCGAUUGAUGUGUACAAGAGAAUUAUGCUUGAAAACAGGGAUUUUCACGCCAUUAAUGUUUAUGUCGCCAUGUGCUACUACAAACUGGACUAUUACGAUGUAGCUCAAGAAGUCCUGUCAGUCUACCUUCAGCACUAUCCUGACAGCAUCAUUGGGCUGAAUCUGAAGGCUUGCAAUCAAUAUCGGCUGUAUAAUGGGAAGGCUGCUGAAGUGGAGCUUAAAGGGCUUAUGGAAAACAUGUCUGCCAGUUGCCAAUUCGCUGAAGACUUGUUGCGUCACAAUAUGGUUGUAUUCAAAAGCGGAGAAGGAGCCAUGCAAGUUCUUCCAACCCUCAUCGACGUCAUUCCUGAAGCCCGACUGAAUCUCGUCAUUUAUCAUCUGAAGAAUGAAGAGAUGAAUGAAGCAUACGAGCUGAUGCAGAAUCUAGAACCAGCAACUCCACAAGAAUACAUCUUGAAAGGCAUAGUGAAUGCCGUAAUAGGUCAAAUGAGAGAAUCUAGAGAACAUCUCAAGAUUGCUCAACAGUACUUCCAACUGGUUGGCGCUUCUGCCAGUGAAUGUGAUACGAUACCUGGUCGACAAAGCAUGGCUUCAUGCUUCUUCUUGUUACGGCAGUUUGAGGAUGUGCUGAUUUACUUGCAAUCCAUCAAGAGUUAUUAUUUCAACGAUGAGAACUUCAACUUCAAUUAUGGACAAACCAAAGUCGCUGUUGGUGCUUACGAUGAAGCAGAGGAAGCGUUGCUGAUGAUUCACAGUGAAAAGAUUAAGAAUGAAUAUACGUACUUGUCACAUCUGGCAAGGUGCUACAUCAUGAACAAGAAACCACGAAUGGCUUGGGACUUGUAUUCCAAAAUGGAGACAUCUGCCGAUUCAUUUAAUAUUCUCCAACUCAUUGCUAAUGAUUGUUACAAGAUGAGCCAAUACUAUUACGCAGCUAAAGCAUUCGACGUGCUAGAAAGACUUGAUCCAAGUCCAGAAUUCUGGGAAGGCAAACGUGGUGCUUGUGUAGGAGUCCUGCAACAAGUAUUGUCUGAUCAAGAACCCAAAGAAGCAUUACGUGAAGCUAUCUCCUUAUUAAAGAACUCACCAAAUAAGGAAGUUGACUCGAUUGUCGCCAUGAUGAGAACGGUGGCGAGACAGAGCAGUGUGCAGAUAUGA